UCCUAAAAAAGACAUCCAUAAAUUCCAUAGUAUUCAAGAUCGGUAUCCCUAGACAUGGCACGUGAAAAUAAAAAGAUUAAGAAAAAGCAAGACGAUAGACAAUCAAUAUCAGAAAAAUAGACACAGAAGAAAAUAUAAAUAUAAACUAAAAGCAGACCCAAAACUCAAUUCCCACCCUAUUUCCGGUGCCAGCCAUGAACAGAAAACGAAAACAACCACGUAAGCGACAUGAACCCUGACCCCAACAAGCUAAAAGAAACAGAUAGUAUGCGGAAGAAAGAUGCGAUCAUCGUCCCGUGAUGUAAUCUCUGUUCUGGAUGGUCACGCUCUUGGUCAUGUGGUUGACCUUGUAGACUCCCACGAGUCGCGAGGCGAGUUCGAACUGGAAUCGACGCGUUAGGAACCUGACAUGAUGGAAGAUCGGGUCAGGACUUACCAUGUUGUUUCGCAGGGAGAUGACGAUGAACUGCGCGUUCUUGGUUCGCUCCUUGAUGUACGAGGCGACGAUGGAGACCUGAGGAGGCAGGUUAGUGGGAGGUCUUGUCUAAAAGGGAUUGGGAUUGGGACAUACGUUUCGGAAAUCCAGGGCAGCGUCGAUUUCGUCCAUCACGUACAGCGGAGUGGGCUUGUAGUGAUGCAGAGCGAAGACCAGAGCCAGACUGGACAGGGUCUUCUCACCACCGGACAGGUUGCCGAUGUUCUUCCAGCUCUUCUUCGGGGGCAUGACGGAGAACAGGAUACCCUCGGAGAAGGGAUCCAAGGAGUCGACCAGCUCCAACUCGGCGUUACCGCCCAUGGUGAUCAUCUGGUACAUCUCCUUGAGUCGAAGCGAGAUGAUGCCGAAUCCCUCCAUGAAUCCGUUCAGUCGCGAGGACCGGAGACCGUCCAGACGUGCCUUGGCACUGUCGCGAGAGGUCAAGGCAGUUGCCAGAUCAGCCGAGCGAGCUUGGUGCUCUGCCGUCCGGCGACGGUAUUCAUCAAUGACAGAGAGAUCGACCGACGCGUUCUGGCUCUUCUCUUCAAGUGCAGCAAUGACCGCCUUAAGAGACUCCUUGUUCAUCUCGGACAGCUCGUCCUUGGUGUAGGUCUGAAGCUCGGUGGCCUCCUGUUCCUCGCCCAGAUCGCUAACGUUUUGUAACGUCAGCUUGGACAAUUUCUCUUGCCAGUAUCGUCCACGCUUCUCAUUCUCCGAUAGAGCCUUCUGGUUCUCCUCGAGCUUGUUGCGCAUCUCAAUCUCUGUGGCUCUGCUCUCAUUCAGCUCGGCCACCUUCUCGUCUAACUGAGAUUUCAGAGUUGAGAGCUCUUCCUUCUUGGUCUCAAGGGCCU